GAAAUCGCCGGAGAGAUCAGUCUGACGCCUUUCAGACAAAGUCUAAAACACAUGAUAGACACUCCAGAGGCAAAACACGAAAUAAAUGUUGAAACUGUUCCACUGGAAGAGCCUGCUCCCUCUGUGUUUGAAAUGAUCAAGAAACGAGUAACAUUGCAUGAUAUCACACCGGACAUGUGGAAUGAAGUCGACCAGGAUAUGAUUUGGCAAUUCAUAGAAGACCCUUCGGUCCAUGUGCUCAUUAUCUAUAAGGACCCCCUCAACGGUAUCAUCAUCGAACACUGCAUCCGAACCGCAUUCAAUGCCAAACAGCUGUGUUACUUCAUUAAAACACCACGCACCAAGGAGGUGACAUCAGAAAACUUCCUCAACGUCAUCCAAUAUGGCAGCGUGAAAGGACCGUCGUUUCUGGAAAGCCUGCUACGAAUGCUGUCUGGAGUUUUUGCACCUUUGUUCUUUGAAAACACCACUUGGCCUGAUAGCAUCAAAAAUGAUUUCUUUGCCCAGCUCCACAAAUUUCUGGCCACUUUGACAGAUACUCACUGGAAGCUGGAAGAUAAAACAGUUUUGUAUAUUCCCAAAGAAAAUCUGAAUAUUCCCAUUGAAAUUGCUUCCAGGCAUAAAGAAUUUGUACAAAGAUUGGAAAGUAAUUAUCAAUUAUCAUUAACUUCUUGUUGUUCUUUUAUUGUUCUUAGCAAUGAGAUUAUCCAUCAGUGCUGUAAAGCCAUUAAUCUUGACCGGAUAUUUGAAGGCUACAUAAAGAGCGGUUCGCAAACCCUCGUCGACUGCAUUGAAUGUUGUGAAAAAUGGAGGGAGAAAUACGAUAUGACAUCAGCCUUACACAACAAGUUCUCCCCUAAAGGCUGGGUUCUUGACCUGACAAGCAUAUUCGCCCAAAUCGAUGCUUUUAUGCAGCGUUGCAAGGAUCUGUUGGAGGUCUGUGAUACACAGGUCCAUUUUGCUAGGAUGGAAGAAGGUAAACAAAUUGAAAUGCCCCACUUUGGUGGCCAGCGAGGACCAGACAUCACUCGAGGCAUUUUAGAAAUCGAACAUGCACACCAGAAAUAUCUCUCCCAGUUGCGAUCCAUGCAGAAAAGUAUUUUAGACAUCAAAUCUACAAGUUGGCACGAUGACUUCAAUAGAUAUGAUACACAUUCUCAACUUUUCCUGUCUAAUCACCAGAGUAACUUGGGACUUAUGAAGGGAGAGCUUUGUAUUACUCAGAAUAAUAUCCGCAGAACCAUUGACAAGAAGACCAGGUCAACAUUUACUGUAUUCAGUGAGGAAAUGAAUACAGUGAAGAAGGAACUCACCCUUAAGUCACCCUACAUUUUGAAAACCCAUCCAAAGUACUCUGGAUCUGCUUGCUGGUUAAAGACCCUCAAAGCAAGAAUUGACCUCAAUAUGAAGGUGAUAGAGAAGGCUUACUUCCUGAAUCAAACCAGCUUUAGUGAUAUUACUAAGAAUUAUCACCAACUCAUCUCAGCUCUAGAUGAAAACAUCAGAAAAUAUUUUAAUGAAUGGAAUUUAAACUUAGACAAGGAUCCACUCACAUACUUAGAUCUUCCUUUGAUGCAAAAAACUAUAGAAGACGAUGUUCCAGUUUUGCACCUGAAUUUUAACAAGGCGUUACUGAAAAUGUUGAGUGAGAUUCAUUACUGGGAGUACCUUAUGUUUGAAAUACCUUACUAUGCUGCCAGAGUGUACUCAAAACAGAAAGAGUUACGAGAUCGCCGUGAACAUGUACUGCUUGUUGUCAGAGAUUACAACAGGAUCAUCAAUUCACUGAAUCAAAACGAGCGAGGCCUAUUUAAAGAACGCAUCAAGUUUUUGGACAAGAAAAUUUCUCCGGGCCUCAGUAAGCUGACCUGGAAUUCCAAAGGAACGACCGAUUCUUUCAUCACAGAAUGCCGAAACACUGCCGAGAAGAUCCAACUGAAGAUUGAUUGCUUCAAGGCCGACAACUUGAAGAUUGCAAUGAGCUGUGUGCAAAUCAGUGAGAUGUUGCUCACAGACAUCGACUCUCGGAAGGUUUACAAAGAAUUAGAAUUCGGUGCUCAUCAGGAACAGCACCGGCUGAGGACACUUGCUAAAUUGAUCGACAUCCACCAAGAAAUCCUCUCCAUCAUAGACAAACAGUUCGAAACAUUCAAGAACGAUGGCUCCGAGGUUUACAACUAUUGGUUCAUUCAUAUUAACAAUCUGGACCGGAUGAUAGAAGAAGCCUUCCGUUUGAACAUCAAGUACUCCUUGCAGACCAUCUCGAAAGCAAUCAACAUUGACACCAAAGCAGCACCAAACCCGCUCUUCAGUGUAGAAGUCAUUCUUCGUAAUGACACUAUCCACUUCUCACCAAGCAUCGAGGAAUUGGAUAACAUGGUGUACUAUGUGGGAAAGGAUAUGGUAACAUCACUAAGCCAGAUACCACGUCUUAUUGAAAAGUACCCCAAAGAAGGAGUAACAAAAUUGUGUAUAUCUGAAGAAAUUUCAACAAAUGAUGAAAUCAAGAAAAUCAAGAACCUCAUUGCAACCGGAAUGAAGACCAAUGCUAGCAAACUUUGGAACUAUCGCCAGACCUGGGAGGAAGAAAAGGUCUUGUGGGAGAUUGACAAAGAAUCCUUCAUAACAAGAUACAAAAAGUCACAGCCGUCUGUAUCAAAGUUUGAUGGAGAUAUCGGCAGAUACACUGAAAAGGCAAACAAUAUCCAAAGCAAAGAGACGGUUAUUAACAUAGACUUUGUCGUCCUCAAUUGUACUCCGCUGAAAGCUGCCAUCCAGGGCCAUUGUAUAGAAUGGCAGAAUAAACUGACUGGUCUUCUUUUGGAAUUGGCCACAACUGAACUCACAACUCUUGAUAGCUAUAUUAAAACGAAUACUAAGCUUGUAUGCAAGACCCCUCAGACACUGGAUGAACUGAAGGAAAGCCUGAAACUGUGGGAGGUGCUGAAUGCUGAACAGGGCAAAAUCGAAGCCCGCUUUCAGCCCCUGAUGGAGCAGUUUGCAAUCCUCAACAAAUAUGAAGUACCAAUUGCAGAAGAGUCGACCAUCAUGUUACAUGAACUGAAGGAUCAGUGGAACACCUUUAAACUAACACUGGAGACAAGUGACUUCCUCCUGAAAAAAUCCAAGGACCAAUUCAAAUCCAGUCUGAUGAAUCAGUCAGAAGGCUUCAAGAAACAAGUGACCCACCUGUUAGAGGAAUUCCAACAGAAAGGACCGUUUUCUAGUGAAAUAGCUUGCGAUGUUGCUUUAGAAACUUUAGCUAAUUUCAGAGAAAAUGUCAACAUUUUGAAGUUCCAAGAGCAAGUUUUACGAAGUGGCCUGAACAUGUUCAAAGUUGAUCUUCCUCCAUCUAAAGAAAUUAUGCUGUUAGAAAAGGAACUGGAAUUAAUAGAGACAAUCUGGAUAAUCACCAGAGACUGGGAAACGAACUGGAAUGUAUGGAAAGUGUCUAAGUUUACUGAGAUCCAAACUGAAGAAAUAGAAACUUUUUCUUUGAAUGUGUCACGGAAACUGAACAAAUUGAGUCGAGACUUAAAGGACAGGCACUGGUCUGUUCUGGAAGCCAGUAAAGUCAAAGUAGACACCUUUAAACGAACUAUGCCAUUAAUUCAAGAUCUGAAGAAUCCUGCAAUGCGUCCUCGUCAUUGGGAACAAAUAAGUGUUGAAAUUCAGCGCCACUUUGACUACACCUCAGAAGAUUUCACUUUGGAGAAAAUCAUUGAACUGGGUUUCGAUCAGUAUGCUGAUUUUAUCAAUGGUGUUUCAAGUGCUGCCAAGAAGGAAUUGUUCAUUGAACAGAGUUUGGUUGCAAUCAAGGGCACUUGGGAAAUAACGGAUAUCGACAUGGCUCCUUUCAAGGCUUUAUAUAAGAUCAAUUUUGUUAUGUCUCGUAAUAUAUUCCUUGGUGAGGAUAUCAGAAAACAAUUACCAAGAGAAUCAGAAGACUUCGAUGACAUCAACAACAAGUGGAAGGCUAUUAUGAUACGAAUAAACAAGGAGAGGAAUGCUUUAAAAGCGACCCUCCAUCCUGGUUUGUACGAUCAGCUGAAUGCUAUGAAUUUCAAAUUGGAAAGCAUCCAGAAGUCCCUCGAUAUGUAUUUAGAAACAAAGCGACAGAUAUUCCCCCGUUUUUACUUCCUGUCCAAUGACGAUUUGUUGGAGAUCUUGGGCCAGGCAAGAAACCCGGAGGCGGUCCAACCACAUCUAAAAAAGUGCUUUGACAAUAUUAAGUCUCUGACAAUUAAUCGUCCAAGUUCACAAAGAUAUGAAGCUGUUGCUAUGAAUUCUUCUGAAGGAGAAUGUGUCGAAUUCAAACCCCAAGGAACCGUAAUUGAAGGGCCAGUUGAGGCUUGGCUCAGCGACAUAGAAAAAACGAUGAGGUAUACAUUAAAAGAAGUCUUAAUUACCACCCGGAAUGCCUUGAAGAAACAACUAAAUAAACGAGACAAAUGGAUUAGAGACUAUUGCGGACAAAUGACCAUAGUGGCCAGUCAGAUCCAGUGGACUGGCGAUGUGACGAAAGCUCUCUUGAAGGUCAAGGAACGUGGAGACAAGAAAGCUUUGAAAAUGCUCAAGAAGAAACAGGUGGUCAUGCUAAACAAGUAUGCAGAAUUAGCCAGGAAACCAGACAAAGGCUACCAGCGGAUGAAGCUGGUGUCUCUGAUAACCAUUGAAGUCCAUAGUCGUGACAUCAUUGAGAAACUCCUCAAGACUGGCUGCAACGAUGCCAAUGCUUUUGAAUGGAUAAGUCAGUUAAGACUCUACUGGGACAAGGAGCUGAAUGACUGUAUCGUCCGCCAAACCAACACACAAUUCCUCUAUGGCUAUGAAUACCUGGGCAACUCCGGCAGGCUUGUAAUCACCCCACUCACCGACCGCUGCUACAUGACAUUAACAACAGCCCUGCAUCUUCACCGUGGAGGAAGCCCAAAGGGGCCAGCUGGCACCGGGAAAACAGAGACAACAAAAGACCUGGGAAAGGCCCUAGGAAAUUAUGUGAUUGUGGUAAACUGUUCUGAAGGUUUGGAUUAUAAAUCAAUGGGUCGGAUGUUUUCUGGCCUUGCACAGACGGGUGCCUGGGGCUGUUUUGAUGAAUUCAACAGAAUCAACAUUGAAGUAUUGUCUGUUGUGGCCCAACAGAUUUUGUCUAUUUUGACUGCCCUUCAUUCUGGGGCUAUGCAGUUUCUCUUUGAAGGACGUGAGAUCAAUCUGGUGUGGUCUUGUGGUAUUUUUAUCACCAUGAAUCCAGGUUAUGCUGGCCGAACAGAGCUUCCAGACAAUUUGAAAUCAAUGUUUCGCCCCAUUGCAAUGGUCGUACCAGAUUCCAACAUGAUUGCUGAAAUAAUCCUCUUUGGUGAAGGAUUUAGUAACACAAAGAUUUUACUGUUGUCUUUGAAAGACAUGAACAUUGCCAAAUUAACCUCAGUUGAUCUUCCAUUGUUUAAUGGGAUCAUGUCCGACCUUUUCCCUGGUGUUGAACCUCCAAUCAUGGAAGACGAUAAGUUUAAAGCCAACAUCAAAAGCGAACUUAUUGAAAGCAAUCUUUUGCCGAAUGCCCACACCAUUGUGAAAGUGAUUCAGCUGGGAGAGACCAAAGACUCUCGCCAUUCCACUAUGAUAGUCGGGAAGACUCAGUCUGGGAAAACAGUGACCUGGAAGAUUCUGCAAGCAGCCAAAAACAGGGACUCUCCCCAGCUGCAAGUAAAGGAGUAUCCACUGAACCCAAAAGCCCUGUCUCUUGGAGAACUCUACGGAGAGUUUGACUUGAGUUCCAAUGAAUGGUCUGAUGGCGUGCUCUCUUCAAUCAUGAGGCAGACAUGUUCAGAUGAGAAGAAAGAUGAAAAAUGGAUUAUAUUCGAUGGUCCUGUGGAUACUUUAUGGAUUGAGAGUAUGAACUCUGUCAUGGAUGACAACAAGGUGUUGACCUUAAUUAACGGGGAGAGAAUUGGCAUGCCAGAACAGGUUUCUCUGCUGUUUGAAGUUGAAGAUCUUGCCAUGGCUUCCCCAGCAACUGUGUCACGUUGUGGAAUGGUCUAUACUGACUACAAUGACCUAGGAUGGGAACCAUACGUCGAGUGUUGGAUAAACGGCAAAAAAAAUAAAGAAUUGGUUGAAGAAAUAAGACGCCUGAUUGCCAAAUAUUUGGUCAAAAUGUUAACCUUUAAGAGAGAUAAUUGCAAAGAACUGGUCCCAACUGCUGAACUGAAUGGAGUAGUUUCUCUAUGCAAAUUGUUUGAUUGCUUUGCCACAGCAGAGAAUGGGGUUGAUUUUGGAAACGAUCCUGACAAUUUUUCAAAGAUCGUAGAGCUCUGGUUCCAGUUUUGCAUGAUAUGGUCAAUCUGUUGUUCUGUAGAUGAAGAUGGACGUAAAAAAAUUGAUACUUACAUCAGAGAGAUGGAAGGAACCUUCCCUACUAAAGACAGCAUUUAUGAAUAUUUUGUGGAUUCCAAAAAUAAAAGUUGGGUCCACUGGGAAGAGAAACUGAAGAAAGGAUGGCGCUAUAACCCAUCUGUGCCAUUUUACAAGCUAGUGGUGCCGACCGUUGAUACCGUCCGCUACCAAUAUCUGGUAUCGCAUCUGAUUUAUUCCAUGAUACCAGUGUUGUUGGUGGGACCAGUCGGCACCGGUAAGACUUCGGUGGCAGGCAACACCAUUACUCUCCUGGACACAAAGAUUUAUAAUGUUCUUACUGUCUAUAUGUCUGCUCAGACAACAUCCAAUAACAUCCAAGACAUCAUUGAGAGUCGAGUUGAGAAACGUACGAAAGGAGUGUACGUACCUGUGGGCGGCAAAAAACUCAUCACCUUCCUUGACGACUUCAACAUGCCAGCAAAGGACUUGUAUGGAUCUCAACCACCUCUGGAACUCAUUCGACUCUGGCUCGACUAUGCUUUCUGGUACGACCGUAAUAAGCAAACGCCCAAACACAUCAAGGGUAUGUUACUGGUGGCAGCAAUGGGUCCUCCUGGAGGUGGAAGAAUGGUCAUUUCAAAACGACUUCAAAGUCGCUUCAAUCUCAUUAACAUGACCUUCCCAACGGAUUCUGAAGUUAUCCGUAUAUUUGGCUCAAUGAUUAACCAAAAGUUGCAAGACUUUGAAGAGGAGGUGAAGCCGAUCGGAGACGUAGUGACAAGGGCCACAGUUGAGAUUUAUACGGCUGUGGUAAAUAAAUUCCUGCCAACGCCAACCAAGAUUCAUUACCUGUUCAACUUGAGAGAUAUUUCCAGGGUAUUCCAAGGAAUGCUGCGGGCACACAAAGACUAUCAUGAUACCAAAGUGGCAAUUACUCGCUUAUGGAUCCAUGAAUGUUUUCGGUUAUUUGCAUUGCAGAACUCCAGGAGCCUAGCUCUCUCUUCAUUUCGGGAACCAGUUCCAUGGCUCCCAUGUGACUACCUAAAUGCUGACCUGGUUUACGAAGACAUCCAAGACAUGUCAUCUUUAAAGAAACAAGUCCAAGAAUUGUUGUUUGAAUAUAACCACACUCCCGGCGUCGUACCUAUGGACCUGGUAUUAUUCCGAGAUGCUAUUGAGCAUGUGUCGAAGAUUGUGAGAGUGAUUCGACAGCCUCGUGGAAAUAUGCUUCUGGUUGGCAUUGGAGGAAGUGGACGGCAGAGCCUCACUCGAUUGGCCAGCAGUAUUUGUGAAUACACUCUUUUUGCAAUUGAGGUCACGAAACAUUAUCGGAAAUCAGAAUUCAGAGAAGAUCCUACCAUACAUCUCCAUUGCCCUCACCCACAUGCACAAGGAUUUUGCGGCACCGGACACACGACCAAUAAUAUCAGGAGUGAAGUCUGCUUGGGAAACGUGAAGAAUGCCCUGUCAGAUUUGGCCAAAAAAGAAGGUUUGGAAGACACUCCUCAAAGUAUUUUUGCUUUCCUCAUUGACCGAGUACGUACCAACCUCCAUGUGGUGAUGUGUAUGAGUCCUGUAGGAGAACCAUUCCGGAAUCGCAUUCGAAUGUACCCAGCUUUUGUCAAUUGUACAACGAUUGAUUGGUUUAGCCACUGGCCACAAGAUGCCCUUUUAGAAGUUGCUGACAAAUACCUCGUUGAUAUGAAAACUUCAAACGAAGAAGAGGAAAAACUGAAACACAACAUUGCCAAGAUGUUCUCUCAGAUACAUAAAUCAGUCUUUGACUAUUCGGCUCGAAUGACAGCUGAACUAAAGAGACACAACUAUGUGACACCAACUAAUUACUUGGAGCUUGUUUCAGGUUAUAAACUAUUGUUGCUUGAAAAAAAGAAAGAACUUGGUGAUGCUGCCAACAAACUUAAAAAUGGUCUCAGUAAAAUUGAUGAGACACGGGAGAAGGUGCAGAAAAUGUCUGUGGAAUUGGAUGAAGACAAAAUAAAAGUGGCCCAGGUACAGCAGCAAUGCGACGAGUAUUUGUCGGUGCUGUUCCAACAAAAGAAAGAAGCGGACGACCAGCAGAAGUUUGUUGCCCAGAAAAGUGAGAGAAUAUCUGAAGAAGAAAUUAAAUGCAAGCACAUGGCCGACCUUGCCCAGCAGGAUCUUAGCGAAGCUAUGCCUGCCCUUGAAGAGGCUAUGUUAGCUCUGGAAGCCCUAAACAAGAAGGAUAUUGGUGAGAUUAAAUCGUAUGGUCGGCCCCCAGCUCUUGUGGAGAAAGUAAUGGAGGCUGUGAUGAUAUUGAAGGGAAGCGAACCAAACUGGGCAGAAGCAAAACGGCAACUCGGGGACCCCAACUUCAUCAAGUCUUUGGUAAACUUCGACAAAGAUAACAUCAGCGAUCGUGUGUUGAAUAAAAUUGGUAAAUACGUUUCCCAAGCAGACUUCACUCCUGAUAUUAUUGGUCGUGUGUCCGGUGCCGCAAAAUCCUUGUGCAUGUGGGUGAGGGCAAUGGAGAUGUAUGGUAGGAUCUAUCGAGUCGUGGAAGCCAACAUGUUGGCACUGCGUAACCAAUAUGACGAAAGAAUUGCUCAGAAAGAGGAGCUGAGACUAAAGGCAGAACGUACUGAAAUGAUGUUGGACAGGGCCCAUAAACUGGUGUCUGGUUUGGCCGGAGAGAAAGUUAGGUGGGAAGAAACAGUAACAACUCUGGAAGAAUCUAUGGGUUUCCUCAUUGGUGACUGCCUCAUCGGUGCUGCUUUCCUCUCCUAUAUGGGGCCCUUCCUCUCCAACUACCGUGAUGAACUAGUUUAUAAAAUAUGGCUGAAAGCGCUGAGAAGCUUAGGGAUCCCUUGUGACCCCUGUUUCAGUUUCUGCACUUUCUUAGUCAGACCAACUCUUGUUAGACAAUGGAACAUCCAAGGCCUCCCAAGCGAUGCAUUUUCUACAGAGAAUGGAAUCAUUGUCACCAAGGGUAACCGCUGGCCAUUAAUGAUUGACCCGCAAGGACAAGCUAUUAAAUGGAUCAAACGAAUGGAAGGGAAAAAUGGAUUAAAAAUAAUUGAUCUCCAGCAAAGUGACUUUAUGCGCAAUUUGGAAAAGGCAAUUCAGUAUGGUUUACCUGUUCUCUUACAAAAUGUCCAAGAAACUCUGGACCCGUCUCUUGAUCCUAUCCUCUUUAAAUCGGUCGUAAAAAUUGGUAAUGUCCCUAUGAUAAAACUUGGUGAUAAAGAAAUUGAGUACAAUCGCAAUUUUCGGUUUUACAUAACCACAAAACUCAGCAACCCACACUACACCCCUGAAAUAUCAACCAAGACAACAAUCGUUAAUUUUGCUGUGAAAGAACAGGGUUUGGUUGCUCAGUUAUUAGGGAUCGUAGUCCGUAAAGAAAGACCAGAGCUGGAAGAACAGAAGGACUCCCUUGUACAGUCCAUUGCAGCGAAUAAGAAGAAACUCGAAGAAUGUGAAGACGAAAUAUUACGUUUGUUGAAUGAAACGAAAGGUUCUCUGUUGGAAGACGAGACUUUGGUGAACACACUGCAAACCUCCAAGUCAACAUCACAGGAAGUGACAGAACAGCUUGCAACAUCUGAACAGACAGAAGCCAAGAUUGAUAGCGCCAGGGAGGGUUAUUCUCCAUGUGCAGAACGGGCCUCAAUUUUGUUUUUUGUUCUCAAUGACCUUGGGCUUAUCGAUCCGAUGUACCAAUUCUCUCUUGACUCCUACAUCGAUCUCUUCAUAUUAUCAAUUGAAAAGAGCCAUCGCAGUACCAAGUUAGAAGAACGUAUCCAAAACCUCAACGAUUACCAUACUUUUGCCAUGUACAGGUAUGCCUGCCGAGGGUUGUUUGGAAAGCAUAAGCUUUUGUUUUCUUUCCAAACGUGUGUGAAAAUUCUUGAAGCGGCAAGCAAGAUAAACAUGGAUGAAUAUAAUUUCUUCUUGCGGGGAGGUGUGGUCAUAGACAGAGAGAACCAAAUGGACAACCCUUGCAGUGGGUGGCUUUCCGAUGCGGCGUGGGACAAUAUCACUGAACUUGACAAACUGACCAACUUCCAUGGUAUGAUAACAUCCUUUGAACAGUAUCCUAGAGACUGGCAUCUUUGGUACAUCUCGUCUGAACCAGAACAGGCCUCUCUACCAAGUGACUGGGACAAUGCCUGUAAUGAACUCCAAAGAAUGCUUAUAGUCAGGUCUCUCAGACCAGACCGAGUAGCUUUCUGCUCCACUACGUUCAUUAUUAACAACUUGGGCUCCAAGUUUGUUGAACCACCUGUCUUGGACAUGAACCAAGUACUCAGCGAAUCAUCAAAACGAACUCCAUUAAUAUUUGUACUCUCUCCAGGAGUAGAUCCUGCAAAUUAUUUAAUUCAGUUGGCUGAAACAAAAGGAAUGGGCUCUCGGUUCCAUGCAUUAUCCCUCGGUCAGGGCCAGGCGCCAAUUGCUACAAGAAUGCUACAAGAAGGUGUUCGGGAGGGCAACUGGGUUUUCCUGGCCAACUGCCACCUGUCUCUAAGUUGGAUGCCCCAACUCGAUAAACUGAUCGAACAGUUACAAACAGAUGUUGUAACCCACAGUGAAUUCCGUCUUUGGUUAAGCAGCAGCCCACAUCCUGAGUUCCCAAUUUCCAUCUUACAGGCUGGCAUCAAAAUGACAACUGAACCUCCAAAGGGUUUGAAGGCAAACAUGAAGCGACUUUACAACCAGCUGGAAAAGAAGAAAUCUGAUUAUUGUACGAAACAAGAAAAAUACAAGAAGCUACUCUUUGCUCUCUGUUAUUUCCAUUCUGUUCUGUUAGAACGGCGGAAGUUCCUGAUGCUGGGAUGGAACAUACCAUAUGAAUUCAAUGAUUCUGAUUUUGAGGUCUCAGAGAACUUGCUGAGUAUUUAUCUCCAAGAUUACGAGGAAACCCCAUGGGACGCUCUUAAAUAUUUGAUUGCUGGCAUUAAUUACGGAGGUCAUGUGACAGACGAUUACGACCGACGUCUUCUUUUUACAUACAUCAAUGAUUACUUUUGUGAUCAAGCUCUUACACAGCCAUUCUUCAAAUCUCAGGUUUUAGAUUUGGCUGCCAACAUUUACCAGCAAAUUCCUGAAGAUAUUGAUUACGAAACAACCAGAGUAAUUCUAUCAGUUGAUAUGUCUCCCCUGGCUGUUGUCUUAUUGCAAGAAAUCCAACGUUACAAUGAACUGCUAGAACAAAUGAGGUCAUCUCUGAAGGCCCUCGAGAAAGGUAUCCAAGGUCUUGUUGUGAUGACUUUUGAACUAGAAAUGAUAUUCAACUGUAUUUUUGAUGGUCGUGUCCCUCCAAGUUGGGAAAAGGCUUACCCCAGCUUAAAACCACUUUCUGCAUGGACUCGAGACCUCGUGUUCCGUAUUGAGCAGUUAAACAAGUGGGCACAAACAGCACAUCCUCCAACUAUAUUCUGGCUGUCAGGGUUCACCUUCCCGACCGGGUUUUUAACUGCAGUCCUCCAGACGUCCGCCAGGCAAAACAACAUUUCUGUCGACUUGUUGUCGUGGGAUUUUACAGUUAUGACGGUCGGGGAUUCCAAUAUCACAGGACCCCCUAAGGAUGGUGUUUAUGUGAAGGGCUUAUAUUUGCAAGGAGCAGGAUGGGACCAGAGAAAUGCCUGUCUAGUUGAAGCUUUGCCCAUUCAGUUAGUGUGUCCCAUGCCAUCAAUUCACUUUAAACCUGUAGAAAAUAAGAAAAAGAGCUUAAAAGGGAUCUACACGUGCCCUUGUUAUUAUUAUCCGAAUCGUGCUGGCACCGCUGAUCGGACGUCCUUCAUCAUACCUAUAGAUCUGAAAGCUGGAGAUAGUUCACCUGACCAUUGGACGAAAAGAGGCACAGCGCUCCUGAUGAGUCUGGAUUAUUAAGUGAGAUUAACGAGGAAUUUUUAUUACAUAACUAAUCAGUUUAUACUUAUAAAGGAUCUAAUUAUUCUUAAUUAUGGAGUGGUUGUUGCUAAAGCCCCCUCCUAAGUUGGCCCCCUUAUCAAGCAGAUUUAUGCUGAGAAGCAUUCCAGGCCGUCCAGCCAUGGCCAUAGCACUUUACUUCCAGCAUAAAGUGCACCCAGUGUUAUAUCCAAUGUGGAUUGAGGGAGAGAUUUGACUACUUUUUCUAGCAACCUUAACAACCAUGUCAAAGGCUCACCUGCUGGUUUCUGUCAUUCAUGGCUGACUGGGAUAGUUUUAAAAAAAGAAAAGCAAAAAACACGUUUUAUAAAGAGAUUUCAUAAUUUAUGAUAAUUUUGUUAAUUCCGGAGUCAUUUGCCAAGUGAAUGAAUCUGGGGUAAUGGAUGGAAUGGGUGAAAAUUACAUUAUAGUAAAGCCAGCGUGUGUGUGUGUGUAUGUGUGUUUGAUAUCUAUAAUGAUAUAUUCAAUUUGUUACUAAUAUUUUUUAAUUAUAAUAAUAUUAAUUUUAAAUAAAAGUGUUUUGCUAUAUCUAAACCUGGUCGUCUAUA